AUGGAAACUUCUAAAGUUUCAACCAAGAACCCUGAUAUCUCCGAGGCUCCGUCCUCUGAUCUGGAAGCAGAGAAUACCGGCCAAGAUCCGAAAGAUUUGUUGUAUCGAUCGGACCUAACAGAGCUUACGCCUGUUGAAGCAUUCAAAUGGAAUGUAGAGGGAGACCAGUCGCCAUUUCCAGAAGUUGCGGCUUGCGUAUCUAACAAAGAUGAUCCUACUCUCGCUUGUAAUACUGUCCGGGCCUGGAUAUUGAUGACGAUCUUUGUCAUACUGUUCUCCGGAGUCAAUCAAUUUUUCAGUCUUCGAUACCCUUCUCUCACCAUUGGCUAUGUUGUUGCUCAAAUUUUAGUAUUCCCUAUUGGUCGAGCAUGGGAGAAGCUUCCUAGAUGGAGGGUUCCUUUGGGGAUAUUUUCAUUUGAUGUCAACCCAGGGCAAUUCACUAUCAAGGAGCACGCAUUCAUUGUCAUUUGCGUCAAUAUCAGCGCCACCGUCGCUUAUGCUCAAGGCGCCCUAGUAGCGAUCAUCAGUCCAGUUUACUGGAAUCGCAAUUUUGGAGCUGGCUUCUGUUUCUUAUACCUCUUGACAACCCAGAUGAUAGGAUUUGGCAUAACAGGUCUUGCCCGCCGAUGGAUCGUGUACCCAGCAGCCCUUAUCUGGCCUACUUCGCUAUCCUCGACUGUUCUCUUCCGGGCACUACACGAACCUGAGAGCCGUACGCCAGCAAAUGGUUGGAUCAUAAGUCGCUAUCGCUUCUUUGCAUACAUCACGGCCUUUGCGUUUGUGGCAUUCUGGUUUCCAGAUUAUAUUUGGACCAGUCUUAGUACAUUUGCUUUCAUUACUUGGAUCGUGCCUAAUAAUCAGAAAGUGAAUACACUUUUUGGGAUGAAUUCCGGCCUGGGACUUCUACCCAUCAGUCUCGAUUGGACACAGAUCAACUACGCUGGGUUCCCACUCACGACUCCAUUCUAUAUUACCUGCAAUGCAUUCGCCGUAGUUGUGUUGUUCUAUUUCUUCUUAUCACCAAUUCUGUACUAUUCAAAUGUGUGGAAUAGCGCCUAUCUACCACUUCUAUCCUCCAGCACAUUUGACAACACAGGCGGCUCAUACAACGUAUCCCGUGUUGUCGACGCAAGCUCCAACUUCAUCGAGAGCAAAUACAAAGAAUACUCGCCCAUGUACAUAUCCAUGUCCUACUCUCUCACCUACGGACUAUCUUUCGCCGCAGUAACUGCAAUUGUGGUACACACCUACCUAUACAACGGCACGGAGAUCUGGGCUCGAAUGAAGAAUUCCCAGCAUGGAGGUGAAGAUGUUCAUCGGCGUUUGAUGCGAGCGUAUAAAGAAGUCCCUGAAUGGUGGUAUGGUCUUCUUACAAUUGUAACGAUUGGACUUGGGAUCUUGACAACUAAGCUCUGGGAUACUGAGCUGCCAGUCUGGGGAUUCAUUGUUGUUUGUGUUGGGCUGGCUAUGCUUUUGAUGGUCCCUGAGGGCAUCCUUCAGGGUACAACUAACCAGCGUGUGUUCCUCAAUAUCAUUACGGAGAUGAUCGCUGGAUAUGCUUGGCCUGGAAAGCCGAUUGCGAAUUUGAUGGUGAAGUGCUAUGGGUAUAAUGCUGUGAAGCAUGGGAUGGACUUUGCACAGGAUCUGAAGCUUGGACAAUACAUGAAAAUUCCCCCACGGGUUCUGUUCUUUGGUCAGAUUUAUGCUAGUAUCCUUGCAACAGCAACACAAACUGGAGUGCUGCGAUGGAUGAUUGGACACAUCACCGAUCUAUGCGAGUCAACUAACAAGCAACGCUUCACUUGCAAUGGUGCCAAGGUUAUGUACAAUGCAUCCUUGAUCUGGGGAACUAUUGGUCCACAACGAAUGUUCCAGUCUGGGCAGGUAUAUAACGGACUUGUAUACUUCUUCCUCAUUGGGCCUGUUGUUACUGGGAUUGUAUAUCUGCUGUAUCGCCGCUACCCCAACAGCUGGAUCCGCUAUGUGAAUGUGCCGAUUUUCUUCAACGCAGCUGGCAAUAUACCACCUGCCAAUACCACCCAAUACUCUCUUUGGUUCAUAGUCGGCUUCAUCUUCAACUACUUGAUUCGAAAGCGCGCCUUUGAUUGGUGGAAGCGCUACAACUAUCUACUGCAAGCUGCCAUGGACACUGGAACCGCAAUUGCGACCAUUAUUAUCUUUUUCGCGCUUGGAUACCACGCCAUCGAGUUCAACUGGUGGGGAAACACAGUGGGAUCUAAUACCGACGAUGCGAACUCGGUCCCUUGGUUGACGGUCCCUAAAGGUGGAUACUUUGGGAAGGGACCCGGGGAGUUUUGA